GGCGCGCGCGGCUCCGGAAAAAUGAUUUCUGAAAGCAGCUCCUUCGUGAAGGGCAUGGUGCUUGGAGGAGCCUUCUGCAUGUUGGUUACACUGCUGGGGCACAUCAAGGUGGGGCACGGGACCAAAGCGCGGGACCACGAGCACCAUCACAUCCAGGCUCCUGACAAAGAGGAUGUCUUAAACCUUUCUGAGGGUGAACGUAUGGAGCUUAGUAAAAGUAUCCGUGUUUACUGUAUCAUUCUUGUCAAACCAAAAGAUCUGGGGCACUGGGCUGCAGCAAAGGAGACCUGGAGCAAGCACUGCGACAAGGCAGAGUUCUACAGCUCUGAAAAUGUCAAAGUGUUCGAUUCUGUGGCCCUCAACACAAAAGACAUGUGGGUGAUGAUGAGAAAAGCUUACAAGAUAACGUAUGAACGCUACAAGGAUGAAUUCAGCUGGUUCUUUCUUGCGUAUCCAACAACAUUUGCUAUUGUUGAAAAUCUCAAGUACUUCUUGCUGAGAAAAGACCCCUCUCAGCCUUUUUACAUCGGCCACGCUGUGAAAUCUGGUGACCUCGAGUAUGUGGAUGGCGAGGGAGGAAUCGUCUUAAGCAUCGAGUCACUGAGACGACUCUCCAGUGUUCUUGAAGACCCCAACAAGUGUCCGGAGCAGGGAGGUAUGAUUUGGAAACUCGCCGAGGACAAGCAGCUGGCGAUCUGCCUGAAGUACACGGGGGUGUUCGCUGAGAACGCGGAGGAUUCGGAAGGAAAGGACGUCUUCAACACCAAAUCCGUGGGCGCCCUCAUCAAGGAGGCCAUGGCCACCCACCCGCAGCAGGUGGUGGACGGCUGCUGCUCCGACAUGGCCAUCACCUUCAGCGGGCUGAGCCCCAACCACAUGCACGUGAUGAUGUACGGGGUGUACCGGCUGCGGCCCUACGGACACACCUACAGCGAUGCCCUCGCGUUCUUGCCCCCGGAGGGCUCGGACAACGACUGAGGUGCCACCAGGGGAGGAGUGGAGUCGGCUCAUCUCGCGACACUCGUUGGUACUGACACGUGCUGGUCCUGCUGUACAGGUUGUUUUUGCACACUGAGGGUUGGUGAAGGUCCAUUUCAAAAGUGGAAGGAGAAAUUUUUUUUUCUAAAUCUUUUAUACAAAAAUGCUUCUGGCUUUUGACAGAGCCGGAGUGAAAUGAUAAAAAGAAGUUGUUAAUGUUUAUAAUGAAAGGGAAUUAAGUUUAUAGGGGGGGUUUGUACAUGUAAAUAUUUAUUAAUGAAAAUUCAAAUGAAGUUUAGUCUACUCUUACAAAUAUAUUUUUGCAAGAUUUUGAUUCUCUCAGUUCUUCCAGGCAUUUCUAGAAUGUCUUUUUAUCUUUCUAAAGUAUACCAAUAAAACUGACUACAGAUUCAAUCUCAAAGACUAACUUUAAGAUGUUUCUUUUACUCUCAACUACACAAUAGGUUGAGCUACAUUGUUUUAUCAGUUGCUGCUUCAUGUACAGCCUCCUAACGCAGUAAGGAAUUAUCAGGAAGCAAGGUGGCAAGAAAUCCUGUAGGAAGUUGCAGCAUAAUCAUAUCAAGUGCCCUUUGGACUGCUGUUUCUAAGCAGACAAAAGAAAGAGAUAACUGUAUUUGAGUAAGUAUUAAUGUGGUCAGGGAGCCUGUUUGCACAGGAGUAAUUGCUCAUUUAAAACUUCACUCCACCUAUAAGUGUAUUAGAAUAAAGGUUUGGUGUUAUUUCCACUCA